UACCCCCAGAAAAACAAAAUUGCUCUCUGGUUUUGUUAUAGCUCUUCUCUCUCACAAAUCAAAACCAUCUUUUUUUUCUGCGCUUAUUAUUAUUACUAUCAUCAAUCUCCUUAAAUUCAUAACACAAUACAGACAUAAAUUCUGUGUUUUUUAAUAGACCCAAUAAAGAAAAAGCAUUCAUUUUUUUUUUCUUCUUCUUUGCUUUUUUUGCUUUUUCUCUUUCUCUCUUUUGUAGGCACAACAACAAAACAUCGACUAGGUAAAUGUUUUUGUGUUCUUCUUCUUCUCUCCUUAUGGUGAACUAAGCUUUUCAUGGUGUGGGUGAUAUGAAGAUGACAACGAUGAAGCAAAACCCUUUCUUUCUCUUCUCUGUCUUGUUACUACUCUGUUUCUUCGUUACUUGUUCUCUCUCUUCCGAGCCCAGAAACCCUGAAGUGGAGGCGUUGAUAAGCAUAAAGAACGAUUUACAUGAUCCACAUGGUGUUUUGAACAACUGGGAUGAGUUCUCUGUUGAUCCUUGUAGCUGGACUAUGAUUACUUGUUCUCAAGACAACCUCGUUACUGGCCUAGGAGCUCCAAGUCAGUCUCUUUCAGGAACUUUAUCUGGCUCAAUCGGAAAUCUCACUAAUCUUCGACAAGUGUUAUUACAGAACAAUAACAUCUCAGGCAAAAUCCCACCGGAGCUUUGUUCUCUUCCCAAAUUACAGACUUUGGAUUUAUCCAAUAACCGGUUCUCCGGUGAAAUCCCCGCUUCUGUUAACCAGCUGAGUAGUCUCCUAUAUCUGAGGUUGAACAACAACUCAUUAUCUGGGCCCUUUCCUGCUUCUCUGUCUCAAAUCCCUCAUCUCUCUUUCUUAGACUUGUCUUAUAACAAUCUCAGAGGUCCUGUUACUAAAUUCCCUGCAAGGACAUUCAGUGUUGCUGGGAACCCUUUGAUUUGUAAAAACAGUCCACCUGAGAUUUGUGCAGGAUCUAUCAGUUCAAGUCCUCUUUCUGUUUCUUUACGCUCCUCAUCAGGACGUAGAACCAACAUAUUGGCGGUUGCACUUGGUGUAAGCCUUGGUUUUGCUGUCAGUGUAAUCCUUUCUCUCGGGUUCAUUUGGUACCGUAAGAAGCAAAGAAGGCUAAUGAUGCUUCGCAUAAGUGACAAGCAAGAGGAAGGGUUACUAGGAUUGGGAAAUCUAAGAAGCUUCACAUUCAGAGAACUUCAUGUAGCUACGGAUGGUUUUAGUUCAAAGAGCAUUCUUGGUGCUGGUGGGUUUGGUAAUGUCUACAGAGGAAAGCUCGGAGAUGGGACAGUGGUUGCAGUGAAACGACUGAAAGAUGUGAAUGGAACUUCUGGGAACUCACAGUUUCGUACUGAGCUUGAGAUGAUCAGCUUAGCUGUUCAUAGGAAUUUGCUUCGGUUAAUAGGUUAUUGCGUGAGUUCUAACGAAAGACUUCUUGUUUACCCGUACAUGUCCAAUGGCAGUGUCGCCUCUAGGCUUAAAGCUAAACCAGCAUUGGACUGGAACACAAGGAAGAAGAUAGCGAUAGGUGCUGCAAGAGGUUUGUUUUAUCUACACGAGCAAUGUGAUCCCAAGAUCAUUCACCGAGAUGUCAAGGCAGCAAACAUUCUCUUAGAUGAGUAUUUUGAAGCUGUUGUUGGUGAUUUUGGGCUCGCAAAGCUACUCAACCACGAGGAUUCACAUGUCACAACCGCGGUUAGAGGAACAGUUGGUCACAUUGCACCUGAGUAUCUCUCCACUGGUCAGUCAUCUGAGAAAACCGAUGUCUUUGGGUUCGGUAUACUUUUGCUAGAGCUCAUCACAGGAAUGAGAGCUCUCGAGUUUGGCAAAACCGUGAGUCAGAAAGGAGCUAUGCUUGAAUGGGUGAGGAAGCUACAUAAAGAUAUGAAAGUAGAGGAGCUUGUAGACAGAGAACUUGGGACAAACUACGAUAGAAUAGAAGUUGGAGAGAUGCUACAAGUUGCUUUGCUCUGCACUCAGUUUCUUCCAGCUCACAGACCGAAAAUGUCUGAAGUGGUUCAGAUGCUUGAAGGAGAUGGAUUAGCAGAGAGAUGGGCUGCUUCACAUAACCAUUCACAUUUCUACCAUGCCAACAUCUCUUACAGGAGUAUUACCUCUACUGAUGCUAACGGCAACAACCAAACCAAACAUCUGUUUGGUUCCUCAGGAUUUGAAGAUGAAGAUGAUAAUCAGGCCUUAGAUUCAUUCGCCAUGGAAUUGUCUGGUCCAAGGUAGUAGUAGAUCUUGGACAAAGAGAGAAAAAAAGAUAUAAUAUUCCUCAGGAUUUGAGUUUUAUAUAGACAUGUAAAUGGGUCUAAUGAAUACUGUUUUGGAUGUAUAUAUAUUACGGUUUUCUUGAAAUGUGUUUAUUUUGGUCUGUCU